AUGUUCCUCACCAAAAUGCCGUCCCUGCUCGGGUCCAUUCGCCCCAUCCUACAUGCCGGCGUCGUGGCUCAAAUUCGGAACUGGCAUAUAUCCGUUCGACUGGAUGCCGAUCCGUACUUUAAUGCGGCGGAGGUCACGGCCGCAUUCUCGAAUGCUGAUAGCCUUGAGGUCGAGUGCUGGCAGGCGCAGUUUGAGGCUUGCGACUACAGCGUGCUACGGCUUUUCCAGGAUGUGCGGGGCAUCGGCAGGGCGAAGGUGAGCGGUUCUGUGGGAUACGGGUUCGCGCACUGGCUAGAGCUGGUCAUGGAGAGCCCGAAAGAAAUGGAGGAGGAGAUGGAGACAGGGUUCUCGACUCCGGGCCUCAUCGCCUUCACCUUGCCUAUGAUGGUCAUGGCUGCGCCGGAGGACCCCAUCUCCGUAAGGCAGGACGCGUUUGCUUCCUCGGAAUAUGCCAUUCCAAGUACUGGUGAGGUUCUUAUUUCCAUCGGCAUUGCAAUUUCCACAGGAAAUAUCGCUGCGUUCCCGGCCUCUGUCGGGGUGUCUGUACCGACGGUCGUGCACGUCGUCUACUUCGUGCUCAACGCCAAGGUCGACGACAGCCCGGAAGACAGCGCGUAUCUCACCGUGAGAUUCUAG